ACCUGUGAAGGCCACCACUUGUGAUUGCAUAUCUGUACCGGUUGAUUCGUGGAAGGACUUUUUUGUUUACUAUUAAUCUGAUCAUCAUUUGGAACUUUUCUUUGCCAUCUCCGCAUCCUUGAUCACAUGCAGAGCAAACCGGGUUCUAACUCAUUGUUCGAACAGACCUGAAGAGAGAUUUUUCUUUAAAAUAACGAUCGGUUUCUUUUUUUAAAAUAAAAAUUUAAUCAAGCACGUGUAGAAAGUAUCUUAUUACUUGUACCACCAAUGAGUGACUGUUGAAUUCGGACUUUGAACACAUCACGUGGACGUCUUGUUUGCAAAUUUUGUAAGGACAUACUAUCAUUCACACGGAACUGCACCAGUCCAACAAAGGACUAUGCUGAGCCCCGAUAUAGCAACAGACUUACAGUAUGUAGGUUCAGACGUUCCAUUUUACGAAACCGACGUUGGAAAAAAGGAUAUGCAGUAUUAUGAUUUACAGCCGAUUCCAAGUCAUUCCUCUAACCAGUAUAACAGUUCUGCAAUCCUAGAUUACAUCUUCCAAAACAGUGGGGCAGAUGAUUUAGGUGCUUGGGAAACUCGAUCAUGGCAAAACAAAGCUCCGAACCAGUGGAAUGAGGGAGAUGUAUUAGAAUGGUUUUUAAACUGGUCGAAAGAGACUGGCAUUGAUCUCCUCGACGUGAACAUGCCAGAAUUCAAUCGUAUGAACGGCCAGACUCUGUGCGAAUUAUCACAAUCGGAUUUCUGCACUUUGGAUAAUCGAUAUGGACAUAUAUUGUACCAGAGCCUCCAAAAUACGAUAGCAAAUCAUUAUCAGCCCAGUCCUACGGCACUGGACAUUGCGGCAUGCAUCAGAUCAGACAAUCCACUACCAGCGUUCCACACGUGGUCUAAUGACACAUAUUCACAACUUUUAAAUUGUGUGGGAUCGGAAAUUCAGGGUAACAGCCCAUCAUCCAGUCACGAUUCCGACCGAGAGGACCGAGAAAGUACGAGUAGCAGCAUGAGCACCGCAAAUGAAAAGCCUACAUUAAAUGCUGCAGCGUAUAUAACAUCGUCGUUAUGCUCAGAAAUUUUAGACGGGAAGAAGCCCGGAAGACGAGGUAGGCCACCAAAAACGGAAGCCAGAUCUUCCAGAAGUCGGCAAGGUAAAGGCAAUGGCAAGCUAUGGGAGUUCAUCCGUGAUCUUCUACUCGAUCCAGCCACGAAUCCUAGCCUUAUUCGCUGGGAACGACCAGAGGAUGGCAUCUUCAAAUUCGUGCAGUCUGACAGAGUGGCAAAAAUGUGGGGGGAUCGGAAGCAAAACCCCAGAAUGACAUACGAAAAACUUAGCAGAGCCAUGCGAACUUACUACAGCAGCGAGAUUUUGAUUCCCGUCCCAAAGACAGAAGGCCUGCCCAAAAAGCUGGUCUACAAAUUCGGACCCAAAGCGAGCGGGUGGUCACAAAACCGUGCAUGAUCACGUGCUGCCUCUCUGGAGUCUAUAUUUUGAUAUUAUUACAAGAGUCAGGUACUCCUGCCUGUAUUCGGAAGGAGACUGGUGUACAAGUUCGGGCCCAAUGCUACAGGUUGGAGGCACGGGCCUGGUUACCAUUAAGCGACUUCAAGUGUACAGUCUCAUAAUUUUUCCCUGUCAUGCCUGCGUACAGCCGACUUGUACAGACGCGUGCACAUCUCCGAACUGUAGAAGUUGCUCAUUUCAUGUUUUUAUACAUAACAUAAAUAAAUAAAUAUAUAUAUAUAUAUAAAUGUGUUGAAAACUUUUAAAGUGUGUUUCCCGGACAUUAUACGGUGGGCAAACCGGAAGCGGCCGGAUUAGAACCUCGACCUUCUUGCUUUUAGCGGUGCUCUUGUCACAGCAACAGAAGUCUGUGGUUUGAAUCCUGCGCUAAAAUGAUCUCCCGUUGCCUGUAAACUGUAAAUGGUGCAUCCACAUUUACUUCAAAUUGUCCUGACUUUUAUGUUAACAUGAAAAUAUUUACUUUAUUAUUAUUUCAUGUGAACCUUAUCACGAAUGUUUGUUCUGUUGGUGUAUUGUUCAUAUUUUUUAGUGUAAGAUAAAUGUAUGGUUGCUUCUGUCUAAAUUUAUUUUUCAGUUUACUUGUAUGGUAAUAGUAAUAGAUUAUUAUUACGAAAGGAAAUCAUUUAUUUGUGUGCUAGUUUUCUUUUUGGUCGAAAGUUUUGGCUUAAAAAACAUAUGAAACUUUCGUUCAUUUUUAAAUCUCAUUUUUCGUUCAUUCUUAAACUCCUAAAUUAUGAUUUCAUUAUUUAAAUUUAAUUCAUUAAUUUGCGUAGUUCAUAAAACUUAAUACACAAUUUUCUUAUAUUUUAAAUUCAUUUCUAAAUAAAGUUUUAGUUUCUGUACUUUAAAUGUUAAUAAAUAUUAAAAUAUUAUUGUUAGUUAUAAAAUUUAGAAAUUUUAUAAAUUUGUUAGAAGUCCACUAUUCAUUUUAACGUAAGAGGUUUUUCUUCUGUUUAAAAAUUAGUCAUUAGAUAUUUCUAAAUUAAUUUGAAACAAAUAUAUCUAAAUUUAUUCAUCUGCAACUUAUAUUUAAUUUGUAAUUGUACUCCCUUAACAUCUACUUUGAGCGCCUUAAUCUGAAUACCUACUAAUUUUUGCAUCACAUACAUUAAUUUCUUUAAUCAUAUAUUUCCUGUUCAUGGAAAGGAGGAAACUGAAGUACUUCACCGUUAUGUCGAUAAAACGUGUAUCAUUUCCUUUUUGUUUUAUAUGUUUGUGUGAAAAUUAUCUUGUAAAAAGUCUCAUUUAUGUAAGAGAUUUAUAUAUUCUGUCUAAGAGAAAGGAUGUAGAUUAUUUACAUGCCUUUUAAAUAAGUAUACGGUCUGCAAUCAUUGCAGAAGUUUUAUCUAAAAUCCAAGUGUUCAGUCGUGUAAAUAGCUUAUUUUUUUAAAGAGUUUAUAUGCUAAAAUAUUUUUAAACGAAGUUGAAAGUUUUUAACUGAUUUAUACAUAAUAUUUUUAUAGCAUGCAUUAUAACAUUUUUAUAAAAUGUUAAUUAUAAAGUUUUUUCUGUAUUAUAGAAAUAAGAAAUCACCGACACGUUUAUGGUGAUAAAUAUUAAUCAAAAUGUUUGUGAUAAUUGCUGGGCGGAUAAUUGAAUUUACAUUAUAUAUUAUAAAUUAUAGUUAUUAUAUUGUUGAAGUGUGUGCCACUAUUGUGUUUUCAAAAUGCAAGUUCAGUGCUUUUGCACUUUUUAAUGGAUAUAUACAAUUAAGGAAAUUAUAUUCGUGUAAUUAAAUGAAAAAUGGCUUUACAGUAUUUCAGUAAUUAAAUAAAAAAAUGAUUUUACAGUAUUUCAAUAAUUAAAUGAAAAAUGGUUCUGCAAUGUUAUUUAUAAUCUUAUAUAACUCUAUGUAACAAAUUUGUUACAAAAUACAAAUUGCAUGAAUGAAUGUUACAAAUGAGUUCCACUCUGUCUAAAAUGGUAUUCAUUUUAACAUAUCACAUUUUGUUGCUUAUGUUUUUGUUGAUCAUAAAUUUCAGCUGCAUUUGUUGUUUGCAGUAUAUGCAUAUUUUUUAUAUUCACUUAAAGCUUUUAUUUGCAGCAUAUUAUUUGGAAUCAAAAUUUUUAUUUGUGAGGGAAUUAAACACCAACCUGAUUAUUCUUAUUAAUCUAAUUUGCAAUUGUUUGAUUGUCUGAUUUUUUUUCUAUUUAUUUCAGCUUAGAAUAAUUUUAUGGCAAUUCAUUUUCUCUCAUUGAGCAGGUUUAUAUACAUUAUAUUUUAAUUAGAUAAAAUUUUGUGUAGCUUGGUUGCUACUGAUGUAUAUAUUUUAUUUUAUUCAUUCUAUAGAAUAUAUUAAUUAUGGAGAAGAUGUGAAAAGUAAUUUCGUUUUCGUAUUACUUUUUGUGGCAGCAUUAGACUUGGUUGUAAUUUGAUGACUCCUGUGGCUGUUAUUAGUCUAAAUGAUAUUGUAUAGAAAUUAUAUAAAAUAUAUAUAAGCUCUUGAUUAAUUUUAUAAGCAUAUUAUGCUCAAUCAAAAGUUGUUAUUUAGAAAUUUCUAUUUUUGUGUUGAUUUUUUUAGGUUUAUUUGUGUAAUAUAUUAUUAUUUACUUAAAAUUUCUGCAUUUCAACAAGAACACUAUGCUAUGCCCAUCUUUUCCAGCUUGCUUUUAGCUUGCAAAGUGGUUUGUCAGUGUAAGGCAGGUCCAGGCGUUAUCUAAAUUUUAAUUCGUAUAAAAGGAACUAAAUGCAGUGUAACAUUUUUACGGGUAUUUCUUGUUAGAAAAUACAUUAAGAAGCUAAGGAAGAAGAAUUUUAAAUCUUUUUAAAGUAUUACAAAAAGUAUGAAAUUUAUAUAAUUAUUCUCAAUUCAAAUCUUUAUUUUAAACUCUUCGAUAAUUUCUUAAAUAAAUUUGAGCGGAAAGUUACUGAAAGGCGGUCUUACAUGCAGUUUAGAACAAAAAUGGGAACUUCAUCUUCCUUUAUAAGAUUAAAGAAAAGGUUAUUUCUGGAAUCUUUACUUUUAAAUCAAAUUUUAUUUUCAGCUAAAAAAAGUUACCAGUUGGGGGGGGGUAUUCCAGGUUUUCAUUUAUUUAGUAUUUUACAUUGAUGUUAAUGAACAAAAGAAUAUGAUUCAAUCUGUGAAUUUAUUUUAAAUAAUUCUUAAGAAAAUAUCUUUUGUUUUAAUGUUAAUAUUAUAAGAAAACUUUGAAUGUAAUUAAUGUAAGAAUUUCAUAUUUUUAAGUAAUUUAUUUUCCAGUAUUUUAGUAUUUUAAUUCUAGUUGCAGUAUUUUUAUUAGUUCACUUAGCAGUCUGAAAAUAUUUCCAUAUUUUUGUGACCAUGGUUUUAUUAUUGUAUUUUCUUUUGAAAAUUUCUUCGGCGAAAUAUCUGCAUUCCAUCGCUUAGCUCUUGUUAGCUGUUGCUUACCUUAAAAGAAAGGUAAAUACGAUUUCGUGUAAAAACAAAGAAAUUUUUCAUUUGUAAAUAAAUGUCAUAAGUGCCUUUUUCCUUUGUAUUUUAAACACUAUUUCUAUAUUAUAUAAAAAAUAAAAAAUAUGUUAUAAAA